AUGUGUGUAGAUUACACAGACCUGAACAAGGCCUGCCCCCGGGACGCUUACCCAUUACCUAGCAUAGACAGACUCGUUGAUGGGGCCGCAGGACACGCCCUACUGAGCUUCUUAGACGCUUACUCUGGCUAUAACCAGAUACCCAUGGCCGAUGGAGAUAAAAUCAAAACCGCGUUCAUAACCGAGGAAGCCAACCUUUACUACAAAGUCAUGCCCUUUGGUCUCAAAAACGUCGGCGCUACAUACCAACGCUUGAUGGACAGAGUCUUCCAGCCACUCUUGGGCAAGACGGUAGAGGUAUAUGUCGACGACAUCAUCGUCAAGUCCCCCAACGCACAACGACACUCCUCGGACCUAGCGCAAGUCUUCAAAGCCCUACGCACCUACAACAUCAGGCUCAACCCUGAAAAAUGCACAUUCGGAGUAGACGGCGGAAAAUUCCUGGGCUUCAUGCUCACGCAGCGAGGAAUCGAGGCCAACCCUGAAAAAUGUCAAACCAUCAUCAACAUGAGAAGCCCCGCGAAUGUCAAGGAGGUGCAGCGAUUAGUGGGCAGACUAACCGCCAUCUCGCGUUUCCUCCCCAAGUUGGCGGACAAGACCAAACCAAUGAUCCAACUCCUGAGAAAGUCGACAAAGUUUACUUGGGAUGACUCCUGCGAGCAAAAUUUCAACACUCUAAAGCAACUCCUCACCACCCCCCCGGUCCUAACCAAACCCGAUCUCUCCCUCCCCCUUGUUAUGUACAUAGUCGCGUCUGCAAACGCCAUCAGCUCUGCACUCGUCAAAGAAAGGGACAACACCCAACAUCCAAUAUACUUUACGAGCCGCAUCCUCCAAGACCCAGAAACGCGAUAUCAGAUGGUAGAGAAAGUCGCCCUCGCAAUUAUAACAGCGGCGCGUCGCCUACGACCAUACUUCCAAUCACACACGAUCAUCAUCAGAACGGACCAUCCCAUACAAAAGAUCCUGCAAAAACCUGAUUUAGCCGGUCGGCUAUCCUCUUGGGCCAUCGAACUGUCAGAAUUUACAAUCCGCUACGAACCACAUGGACCCAUCCGAGCACAAUGUCUGGCAGACUUCGCCAAUGACCUUCAAGAGCAAGCCCCUUGUGACACCUGGUGGACCAUGCACGUAGACGGCUCCUCAAACCCGCUAGGGGCCGGCGCCGGCAUAGUACUGGAAGGACCCGACAACGUCCUCAUAGAGCAAUCUCUACGUUUCACCUUCAAAACAUCCAACAAUCAAGCUAAAUACGAGGCCAUCAUUGUCGGCCUCAUUUUAGCACAAGACGUUGGCGCACGUAAACUCCUAUGCAAGACAGACUCAAAGCUCACCGUAGGACACCUCAACGGUGAGUACCAAAUCAAAGAUCCCACCCUCGCACAAUACUACCACAUGGUAGUCUCCCUGGCUGAGCACUUCGACACUUUCCAAAUUCAACACGUCCCACGAAGCGACAAUACCCGGGCAGACAUUCUCUCAAAGCUCGCUAGCACCAAAAAGAAAGGUCGUUACAAGUCACUCCUCCAACACACCCUAACCGCACCCUCCAUUGAGCAACAAAACCAGUGCUUAAACAUUACCACCACCAAUACUUGGAUGGAGCCUUUCAUCAGAUACCUAGAAACAGGGGUCAUCCCGCCAAACGAAGAAAAAGGGUGGGUGCGGAAAGCGGCACGAUACACACUAAUUGGGGGCGAACUAUUCAGAAGAGGCUUCAGCAAGCACCUGCUCAAGUGCGUAACUAAGGAAAAGGCCGACUAUGUCAUCCAAGAAAUACACCAAGGCAUCUGCGGCUACCACUCAGGACCCAAAACCAUGGCCGCCAGGAUACUACGCGCCGGAUAUUACUUGCCCACAAUGGAAGAAGACUGCGCCACAUACGUCCAAAAAUGCGUCCAAUGCCAAAAGCACGGGCCGGUUACACACAUGCACCAGGAAGAACUGCACCAGGUCUCCUCACCAUGGCCAUUCUCAAAAUGGGGGAUGGACAUAAUCGGCCCUUUUGCAGCAGGGAAAGGCCAAGUCAAGUUCCUCCUUGUCGCGGUCGACUACUUCUCCAAGUGGAUCGAAGCAGAGCCAUUAGCCAUCAUCACAGCCAACCAAGUCCAGUGCUUCGUUUGGAAAAACAUCAUCUGCCGCUAUGGAAUCCCUCACACAAUCAUAACCGACAACGGCCGCCAGUUCAUAGACAAGGGCCUCGCUGACUUCUACCGCAACCUGAACAUUACCCACAUAACGAGCUCCGUCGAACACCCUCAAACCAACGGCCAGGCUGAGGUCGCUAACAAGGUCAUCCUCGGGCAAUUAAAGAAACGCUUAGACGGAGCCAAAGGCAAAUGGCCGGAAGAACUACUCGAAGUGCUAUGGGCAUAUAAGUGCACCCCCCAGUCUUCGACCCACGAAGCACCAUAUACUCUAGUCUACGGAACAGACGCUGUCAUACCAGUGGAAAUUGGGGAACCCUCAAUCCGACAACAACACCACGACACACAGAUAAACGCCGGCUGCAUGGCCACACACCUCGACCUCCUUUACGAGACAAGGGAAAAGGCACGCAUCCGGGACUUGGCGACCAAAUUAAGGGCAGCAAGAAGGUACAACUCCAAGCUGAAACCACGUUCUUUUCACAAAGGAGACCUCGUGUGGAGGAUGGCUAGCAAAGCCCGCAAGCACGGAGGCAAGUUCUCACCCAACUGGGAAGGACCUUUCCGAGUACUUAAAGAGGUCGGCAAGGGAGCCUAUCGCCUGGAAAAACUAUCCGGAGAGCCGCUUCCCAACACUUGGAACAUCUCUCACUUCAAAUUCUAUUUUAGCUGA